AUGCUAAAAGCUGUGGAUGCAGUGAGUACGGUGGCAGGCCGGAGCUCCCAGCAGCAGAGGGCCAUGUUCUCACCUGAGUUUGUGUGUUUUGAAGGCUGGAGCCAGCUUGCAGCCAUGCACUGUGUGAUGCUCCCUGACCUGCUGGGGCUGGAUAAGUACCGCCCCCCCCUGCUGGAGAUGCUGGCCCGGCGCUGGCAAGACCGCUGUCUGGAGGCCGAGGCCGAGUCAGACGCUGAGGCUGAGGCUGAGGCCGAGGCCGAGUCAGACGCCGAGGCUGAGGCUGAGGCCGAGGCUGAGGCCGAGGCCGAGGCCGAGUCAGACGCAGAGGCCGAGGCCGAGGCCGAGUCAGACGCAGAGGCCGAGGCCGAGUCAGACGCAGAGGCUGAGGCCGAGGCCGAGUCAGACGCAGAGGCUGAGGCCGAGGCCGAGUCAGACGCAGAGGCCGAGGCCGAGUCAGACGCAGAGGCCGAGGCCGAGGCCGAGUCAGACGCAGAGGCCGAGGCCGAGGCCGAGUCAGACGCAGAGGCCGAGGCCGAGGCCGAGUCAGACGCAGAGGCCGAGGCCGAGUCAGACGCAGAGGCCGAGGCCGAGGCCGAGUCAGACGCAGAGGCCGAGGCCGAGGCCGAGUCAGACGCCGAGGCCGAGGCCGAGGCCGUCGAAAAUUCACAGAAUGAUAAAGAGAAAAUGUCAGUGUUGGACCCGGUGCGGGAGGCGGCGCAGGCUCUGCUGCUGGCGGAGCUGCGGAGGAUCGGCGUGUCGGGCCGAAAGGACGCCAUCGACCUGUGGGCGCCGUACCUGCCGCAGUACGUAGACGCCGUCAGCUCACCUGGAGCCGGCAGUGAGCAACCUGCCUCAGCCCUGCCCCCUCCAGAGGCUCAGCCAAUCGAGAGCAAGCUCCCGGAGGAGGAGAUGGACGUGGUGGACGAUGACAUCAGCGCAGGCUGUCUGUCCAACCUCCCUCCAAGCACUAAGAAGAUCUGUAACUCGUAUGAGGAGCGUCGGAAGCAGGCGACGGCCAUCGUGCUGCUGGGGGUCAUCGGGGCCGAGUUUGGGGCCGAGAUCGAGCCGUCCAAAGGCUCCAGGACUCGCACCGGGGGCCAGGCUCCUGAGGGCUUCGGCCUGACCAGCGGAGGCUCCAACUACUCCCUGGCCAGACACACAUGUAAAGCCCUGACCUUCCUGCUGCUGCAGCCGCCCUCCCCAAAGCUGCCGGGACACAGCACCAUCCGCCGCACGGCCAUCGACCUGAUCGGCCGCGGCUUCACCGUGUGGGAGCCCUACAUGGACGUGUCCGCGGUUCUGCUGGGUCUGCUGGAAAUGUGUGCGGACGCAGAGAAGCAGCUCGCCAAUGUGACUGUGGGUCUUCCUCUGAACCCUGUGGCAGACUCUGCUCGCUCCGCUCGCCACGCUCUGUCGCUCAUCGCCACGGCCCGCCCCCCGGCCUUCAUCACCACCAUCGCCCGCGAGGUGCAUCGGUUCAACGCGGCUCAGGCAAACUCUCAGUCCCAGCAGAACGUCCACACCAGCACUUUGGCCCGAGCCAAGACAGAGAUCCUGCGGGUCCUGGACAUCCUGAUCGAGAAGAUGCCUGCUGACGUGGUGGACCUGUUGGUGGAGGUCAUGGACAUCAUCAUGUACUGCAUCGAGGGGUCUCUGGUGAAGAAGAAGGGGCUGCAGGAGUGCUUCCCCGCCAUCUGCAGGUUCUACAUGGUCGGCUACUGUGACCGCAGCCACCGCAUCGCUGUGGGCGCUCGCCAGGGCUCUGUGGCGCUCUACGACGUCCGCACUGGGAAAUGUCAGAAUAUCCACGGACACAAAGGUCCCAUCACCGCGGUGUCCUUUGCUCCAGACGGACGAUACCUGGCGACAUACUCCAACGCAGACAGCCACAUCUGCUUCUGGCAGAUGAACACCAGUCUGUUGGGGAGCAUUGGGAUGUUGAACUCGGCGCCUCAGCUGCGGUGCAUUAAGACCUACCAGGUCCCACCGGUGCAGCCCGCCUCCCCCGGGUCCCAGAACCACCUGAAGCUGGCCCGCCUCAUCUGGACCUCCAACCGGAACGUCAUCCUGAUGGCCCACGACGGCAAAGAGCACCGCUUCAUGGUCUAA